AUGACUCAAGUUAAAGAACGGGCAAUUCACCAUGGACCAAAAGUCCUUGUUACUGGAGCAAACGGCUAUAUUGCUUCACACAUUAUCAAUGUUCUGCUAGAGCUUGGCUAUACUGUCAGAGGGACUGUGCGCGCUGAGAUGACAUGGCUAGACGACUAUUUUUUGAAACAAUGGGGACCAAAUCGUUUCGAGUCCGUGUUGGUGCCCGACUUCCAGCAGCCUCACGCAUUCGAUGAAUGUGUACAAGGCGUCUCAGGAAUUAUCCAUGUGGCUCAAGCUUUACCCUCCAGUCCCCUAGUGGAGGACGUGGAUGAGGCAGUCGCAUAUACAGUUAAUGGAAGCGUAAACCUCCUGCAGGCAGCGUCUUUACAGACCUCAGUGAAGCGAGUCGUAUUCACCUCGUCUAUCGUGGCUGCAGGCUACCCCAAAGGUCCUGGGUUCAAGCUAGAUAAGGAUUCCUGGGAUGAUUGUGUGAGCGGAGGGGCAAGUCUCCUCGCUCAGCGGUCUGCUUAUCGAGAGUGCAAGGCCCAAGGAGAGUUCCAGGCAUGGAAAUGGGUUGAGAAGAACCGGCCGGGGUUUGAAUUCAACACUGUUCUUCCAUGGUUCACUCUCGGCAAGGUGCUUCACCCUGAAAUUGGUGGCUCGACAAUGGGAUAUGUCACCAGGCUGCUCCAGGGCAAUACCCAGCCUUUCAAGUUCCUUCCCCUUCCAUGGUUCGUGGAUGUAGUGGACACUGCCCGUCUCCACGCAAUUGCAUUAUUCUGUCCGAAUGUGAAAUCGGAACGACUCUUUGCUGCAGCCACCCCUUUUGUUUGGAAAGAGAUCAUCGACAUUCUGAGACAGAUUCAACCUAACAACACCACUAUCCCAAACCCACCCUCCGAGGAGGAUCCGACAGUCGGAGAAGUUAAACCAGCCAUUAGGGCUGCCAAACUCCUCUAUGAGUAUUUUGGGCAAAGUAGCUGGACGUCCAUAGAAAAGAGCCUCGAAGGCGGCAUUGAGGAGAAUCCUUGA